AGAAAAAAAACGCUCAGGAGCGCACAGCCUGUCCGUCACCGCGCACUGCGAGAAAAAUAUGAUCAGGAGGAAAGCUGCGCUUCAACACUUGAGACAACAAUUUCACUGCGACUAAUUUCAAGUGAAAUCACAGACCAUCGCUGAGUCUGGUCCUUGCUGAACUGUUUUUUUUUUUCCUCCCCUCCUCUCUCCUCUUCUCUCCUCUCCUCUUUUUUUUUUUUUUCUGCGCUGGAUCUUUCGUGCCAGAAAAUGUGCGUGGAGAGCGAUGGGUGCGAGAUUGAAGGUUGCAGCAGUUCGGAUGAGGUGCGCACGCUGUCCGGCAGCAUGAGUCCAGGACUGAAAUCCAACCCGGACCUUCACCCGUGCAAACCGGGGCAAAAAUUCCGCGCCGCGUUGCUCAGAUGCCGCUCACCGGCUGCUGCCGCCGGGAUCCUCAGUUUUGGGAACGUCCUCAAUUACAUGGAUAGAUACACUGUUGUCGGUGUUUUGCUCGACAUCCAGCGGCAUUACAAAGUGUCAGACAGCAGAAUCGGCUUGUUGCAAACAGUCUUCAUCUGCAGCUUCAUGGUGGCAGCUCCCAUCUUCGGUUACCUGGGCGACCGCUUCAACAGAAAGGUCAUCCUGAGCUGUGGCAUUUUCUUCUGGUCCAUUGUUACUCUGUCGAGCUCCUUCAUCGGUAAAGAGUACUAUUGGCUGUUUGUGCUCUCCAGGGGACUGGUGGGUAUCGGAGAGUCCAGCUACUCCUCCAUCUCUCCCACCAUCAUAGGAGACCUGUUCACUAAUAACAGCCGCACCAUGAUGCUCUCAGUCUUCUACCUGGCCAUCCCCCUGGGAAGUGGGUUGGGUUACAUCCUGGGUUCCAGCGCCAAGGUGGCCGCAGGAGACUGGCACUGGGCACUGAGGGUGUCCCCAGUUUUAGGGAUCACAGCAGGGACUCUGAUCCUGGUCUUUGUGCCUGAGCCAAAGAGGGGCAGCGCUGACCAGAUGGGAGGACGCAUCAAGACCCGCACGUCCUGGGUCUGCGACAUGAAGGCGCUCGCCAAGAAUCGGAGUUACGUGUUCUCCUCCCUGGCGACCGCGGCGGUGUCUUUUGCCACGGGUGCUUUUGGUAUGUGGAUUCCUGUGUACCUCGCCAGAGCCCAGGUGGUGCAGAAGACUGCAGAGACCUGCACAAAAGAGAUCUGCAGUAGCACAGACAGCCUCAUCUUCGGAGCGAUCACCUGCGUGACCGGUCUGUUGGGCGUGGUCAUCGGCGCAGCCACCACGCGCCUGUGCCGCCAGAAGACGGAGCGAGCCGACCCGCUCGUGUGCGCCGUCAGCAUGCUGGGUUCGGCCAUCUUCAUCUGCCUCAUCUUCGUGGUGGCCAAGAAGAGCAUCGUAGGAGCUUACGUUUGCAUCUUUAUAGGAGAGACGCUGCUUUUCCUGAACUGGGCCAUAACAGCAGACAUUUUAAUGUUUGUCGUUAUCCCAACGCGGAGAGCAACGGCGGUCGCCUUCCAGAGCUUCACCUCUCAUCUUCUGGGUGAUGCGGGAAGUCCGUACCUGAUAGGCCUGAUCUCCGACGCCCUUCAGGAGAGCUACGCUACGUCAGCGCUCUGGCGGUUCCUGAGUCUGGGUUAUGCCCUCAUGCUCUGUCCCUUUAUCAUCGUCCUGGGGGGCAUGUUUUUCCUGGCCACUGCUCUAUUUUUCCUGGAUGACAGGGAGAAAGCCGAGAAGCAGAUAAACCAGCUGACACGACCACCCUCCUCAGUCAAGGUAUGACCAGGUGACAACUACAUGAGGAGCCGCAUGAAGGAGCAACCAAACUCAGCAAGGAUGACGAGACGGAGAUAAAAAAAAGUUUUGUUUUUUAAAAAGCGAGGGCAGCUGAUCCACUUCUCUAAAACCACGCCCAUGUUCUCUUCACCAUCAUCACCCUCUUCUUCUUCUUCUUCUUGGCUCCUGCUGCUCUUCCUUUUUUUUUUCUCUCGGAGGCCGCUCAGAACUGAAACGAGGGAGCGUCUUGCCCCUCUUAGAAAAACGCCUCCAAAUCACAGGCCGGUGCUAAGGUGCACAGUUGUGCGCCGAAAGCCGUGCCGACGGACAGCUGGUGUCCUCCUCACCUCUGUCAGCGAGGAUCCACUGAACCCUUCCAGGGAGGAGGUGGGGUGACAAACCUGCACCCCGCACCUCCCGUGACCCGUCCGAUUCCUGAUGCCAUACUACUGAAUGCUGACCAUGAACCUGCCCUGUCUGUCUGCCUGUCUGUCCAAGGGUCUGUCUCUUUUGUGUCUGUCUGUUACUUCGGCUGUCAAUCUGCACCAAGUGCCAUAGCGUCAUUACAUUCCUUCAGACUUUGCACUGACCACCAUCAACCCUCACAACAUCAUCACUGACUAUCUUUACAUGCACGCUAUAAUUCAGCUUUUUGGCCACAAUAUUUAUAUAAAGUUUAUGUACGCCAGGCAACAGAAGCAGCAUAAUUUGUACACUGCAGCUCCAUUGGUGUCUCUUUUCCAAAAUCCAUCCUGCCCUGGCUCUCAACACUUGGAGCCCGUAAACAGACGGAAGCUGUAAAAUUCAAGUUAUGUGGAGCGAAUGAUGCAACUCACUAAACAUUAUUCUCAAAGUGUUUAUCUGUUCACACAAGCCUCCAAAUAACGUGACUGAAACCAGAUUGCUCUGCACGUGUUAAUCGCAGUAUUAACGACAUGAACGGACAAGGUGUUUACACGGACGGAUGCAGUAUUCUCACGGUCGAUCAAACUUUUGUCGUGCAUGUAAACAUAGUCGUCAAUCAAGAGCCAAAAAAAAAAACGUGUUUCUAUCUAAAGGUCAGUGAAUCAGCCUUAAAAAAAUUGGAGCUUUUCACAUCAACAGCUGUUUCGUUUGACCCCCCCACAUGUGUUUUAUGUUUUUUAGCCUUUAGCACUUAAAUCAGCGUAGACAGUGCCAGAGAACACGACAGAGGCGAGAGAUUUCUGCACAUUAUUUUUCACAAGUUUUCUUGUGAUUUAUUUUCUUUACACUUUUUUUAUUUUUUUUCUGUGUGAUGUUGGAUUUGAAACUGGAGGUUACUGCCUAUGAUUGUUUCAGACGUUUGAUCAAUCUGAGCAAUCAGGGGGAAAUUAAAAAAAAAAAAAAAAAAAAACGGACACUGGACUAUAUAUUUUAUAAUUUAUAAUGUACAAGCUUUUUCCUAAACGUAAAUGAAACGCUACUCUUUUGACUUUUAAGGCCUGUCUGUGUUUUUGUGUAAAUGAGAAGCAAUACGAACAUUUUUUUGAGGACACCGACCUUUCUAUCCACACUGCCUUAUCAGUGAGCCAGGUUUCUCUGUAAAAGGGGAAGCUCUCUGAUGGUUGGUUUUGAAUUUCUGGACACAACGCCCACACAGAGACGGAGUCACUUUUGAUGAUGGAUUCCAGUCCAUUCCACGCUGGUUUACAAUAACAGGCAUUGUGGAAAGAGACCUUUUCCCCCUUCGCAAUUGUAGAUAUCCCAUUCCACGAUUAGAAGAAAGGACCUUUGAGAGGAGCUGGAGUCACAUUCAUCGGUUUAUUACUGAGGGAAAUCGAAAUCCUUGACAGGAAGAAGAAAUUCUUUUGCCCCCAGGUUAGACUGAUAGCGAGCUCUUAUCGUUGGUAACGGAUAAACGAGGAAUCCCCCUUUAAAACCAGACAAGCAUGUCCUCAGAUGUCACUGCAGGAGCUGAUAAACAAAGUCCCCCUCUAUACCUGCACCAGAGAGCAACUUAGAGAUUUACAUAGGAAACAUAAGUACACAAUAGACAAAACCUGGGUUUGAAUCACCACUCUAUGCAUUAAUUCCAGUAUCGUAUUGUAAUUAUGCAAAUAUAAUGCAAAAUCCCAUAAGAAGAAAAAAUCUGCUGUAGCUCAUUGCUUGUAUAUACAAAGGUUUAGGCAAAAAGCUUAAUUAGAAGUUAACUUGAAGGAUCAUUUAUAUAUAUAUAUAUAUAUAUAUAUAUAUAUAUAUAAUCUGGUGGAUACAAUUACUGAAACCUUGAAGACACUAAUGGAGUCAAAGGUUUUAAAACUUGUGCAUAAAGGGAAUAAAAGCACUUUGCAGACCUCCAAGAAAACGCAGAAGGAGGUGGCGGAGGAGGAGGAGGAGGAGGAGGAUGGGGUGACCUUAGUGGAGGAAUAAAGGGAGACGUUGAGGUGGUUCUUGUAGCAUUGAUGUGUGAGCAUGACUCACUGGCUGUGUGCGGGGUGCUGUGUGGGCUGUGUCCUUGUUGCCAGAUCAUUAGCUUUAGCUUCUCUCCAACUGCGUGGAGCUCUCUGAAUGUGAUUCUGUCCAACCUGACGUGUUUACACACCUACAUCUUCUUAAUGAACUAAGCUUCUUACCUUCCUUUUAUCCGUUUUUUUUUUUUUAAUGUUACCAAAUGAGUUUUUUUUUAAUAACUACAAUAGAGAUAUAUAUAGCUAUAUCACGCAGCGACUUUAAUAUAUUGUAAAUGAUGGCUUGGAUGCAACGUAUUUAUUUGUUUGUUACCAUAAUGAAGAAUAAUCUAUAAAGGGAAGUUUAAUGUUUGAGUAUACUACACUUUGUUGUAUGUCAUUGGGUUUAGAUAUGCCUGUUUAUCCAUCCUUUUGUAUCACAAUGAAACAACACAAUACCUUUUUACAUCACUAAGAUUCAUCCUGUUUACUGUGAUCAUGAAUUGGACAUCUCACACACAUACUACACACACGAAAGGGAACUGCAAUGUGAUCGUUUUUUGUUUAGGGUGCGAUACUUUUGCAUUCAUUUUUGUAGCUCUUCUUAAUGUAUUUUCUCCUUUUAUUUUUCUGAUCAAAUCUGUUUUUGCACACUUAAUGUUCAGGGAUUUAUUUUGAACCAUAGGCCUAGGCAUCAACUUCACAGCCUCUGUCCCACAGAGGUCUGUCACUUCAUGCUCACAGUAAGUGCUGACGUAUUGUCAUCAUCGGAAGGGACGUCGUCUCUGGUUUAGAUGAGUCAUGAAUUGAGUCUCACUUUGCCAAAUUUUAGUUUAUUUAGCACCAAUCCUUUAGGAGUAUAAGUCCGGUGUAUCGAGUAAUUCUGUGUUAAUAAUCACUGAAGUGAUGUAUUGAGAAUGUGCUAUUUCUUGUCAUACAAGAAUCAUGUAUAAAGAAACCUUUUUCUGAUGUUGAGCAGAAAACAGAGGUUAUUUUUAUUUUUAGAGCAAGUCAAUACAAGAGAGUUAGUUGUCAAAAGAAAUCCGAGGAUAUUAUUCUAGAACUGAACUGUGAUGCUCCCUUGUUGGGGUUGAUAGAAAAUGUACAUGUCUGUAAAUCAAAUAAACUUAUUUAAUCACAUCAUA